AAAAAUAGAGGGAAAAUUAAACGAAAAGAAACAGAAAAGAAACAAAUAGAGAGCGUGAAGAAAAGUGAGAGAGACUGAGAAGACUCUGAACAAACAAGAGCGAGAGUUUUACUUUCUUCUCAGAUCUUCAAUUUCUUCACUCAAUUUCAACCUAGAGCACAAUCGCAUAGCUUUUGAUUCACUCCUUUUUGCUUGCUAUGGACCAAUAUGAAAAGGUUGAGAAAAUUGGUGAAGGAACUUACGGUGUGGUUUAUAAGGCUCGUGACCGUGUUACCAAUGAGACUAUAGCUUUGAAGAAAAUUCGACUUGAACAGGAGGAUGAAGGAGUUCCUAGUACUGCUAUUCGUGAGAUUUCUCUUCUUAAGGAAAUGCAGCAUAGGAACAUCGUUAGGUUGCAGGAUGUUGUGCACAGUGAGAAGCGAUUGUAUCUGGUUUUCGAGUAUCUGGACUUAGAUCUGAAGAAGCAUAUGGAUUCAUCUCCCGAGUUUGUAAAAGAUCCUCGACAAGUAAAAAUGUUCCUUUAUCAAAUGCUCUGUGGAAUUGCUUACUGUCAUUCACAUAGAGUUCUUCACCGAGACUUGAAACCACAAAAUUUGUUGAUAGAUCGCCGUACUAAUUCUCUAAAGCUUGCAGAUUUUGGAUUGGCCAGGGCAUUUGGCAUUCCUGUCAGAACAUUUACACACGAGGUAGUUACACUAUGGUACCGAGCUCCAGAAAUAUUGCUUGGAUCUCGUCAUUAUUCUACCCCAGUCGAUGUUUGGUCAGUGGGGUGUAUAUUUGCAGAGAUGUCAAACCGACGACCUCUAUUCCCCGGGGAUUCCGAGAUUGACGAAUUAUUUAAAAUAUUCAGAAUCUUGGGUACACCAAACGAAGAUACAUGGCCAGGAGUAACUUCAUUGCCUGAUUUUAAAUCAACAUUUCCCAGGUGGCCAGCUAAGGACCUAGCGGCCGUGGUUCCAAAUCUUGAGCCAGCUGGUCUUGAUCUUCUUUCUAGCAUGCUUUGCUUGGACCCCAGCAAAAGAAUCACUGCAAGGAGCGCCGUGGAACAUGAAUACUUCAAAGACAUUAAAUUUGUACCCUAAUGCCACAUCUUAAUGGUAAAGGUGUUUAUAGCAAUAUGUGCAGAAUUUAUGAAUUUUGAUUUUGCAUGAAAUGCGUGUGCUAUUUUUGUUAUUUUCAACGACUUGGGAUACUGUCAGAUUUUAAUUUUUUGUCCUAAAAUAUUUCAGAUUCAACUCAGUGUGAUAUGAUAAUUUUGCAUA